UACGCACUGGACAUUUGGAACAUCAUCGCGGUCACUAGGAAUUUAUGCUUUGCAUAAUGUUUCCCUUUUUUUUUCUUAAAAUUUUUUCAUCGGCUCCCCACCGCUCACUUCGGCCAGAGAGAACGGUGUCUGUCAGAUCUCUCCCCCUCUCUCUGGUUUUAAUCUAUUGAGGAAGGAUUGGCCUUCCUCCUCUCGGUUCUGGUACUGGAAUCAUCAUCUUCUUCUUUCGGACCGUCGAUCCGUUCAUUUUGGUUGGUGAGAGAAGAUGCCGUCUGCUUACGGUGAUCGCUUGACGACGUUCGAGGACUCGGAGAAGGAGAGCGAGUAUGGAUACGUUCGCAAGGUUUCAGGGCCAGUUGUUGUGGCUGAUGGCAUGGCUGGUGCUGCUAUGUAUGAGCUUGUUCGUGUAGGUCAUGACAAUCUUAUUGGUGAAAUUAUUCGUCUUGAAGGGGAUUCUGCUACAAUUCAAGUUUAUGAGGAAACAGGUGGAUUAAUGGUAAAUGAUCCUGUUCUUCGAACCCAUAAGCCAUUGUCUGUGGAGCUUGGUCCUGGAAUCCUGGGUAACAUUUUUGAUGGGAUUCAGCGGCCACUGAAAACAAUUGCACUGAAAUCUGGGGAUGUGUACAUUCCUCGAGGUGUAGCUGUUCCUCCACUUGACAAGGAUACCUUGUGGGAGUUUCAACCUAAAAAAAUAGGUGUUGGUGAUCUGCUGACAGGUGGUGACCUGUAUGCGGCCGUAUUUGAGAAUAGUUUAAUGCAGCAUCAUGUUGCACUUCCUCCUGGUUCUAUGGGCAAAAUUACCUAUGUUGCCCCUCCUGGCCAUUACUCGAUUAAGGAAACUGUAUUAGAAUUGGAGUUUCAAGGUGUAAAGAAACAGUUCACUAUGCUCCAGACUUGGCCUGUACGUACACCUAGACCUGUUGCGGCAAAGCUCGCAGCUGAUACACCUCUUUUAACUGGCCAGCGCGUUCUUGAUGCUCUGUUUCCCUCAGUGCUUGGUGGUACUUGUGCUAUACCUGGUGCAUUUGGCUGUGGGAAGACAGUUAUUAGCCAGGCUCUUUCAAAGUAUUCAAACUCAGAUACUGUUGUCUAUGUUGGUUGUGGAGAGAGAGGAAACGAAAUGGCUGAGGUGCUUAUGGACUUCCCUCAAUUGACAAUGACAUUGCCUGAUGGCCGUGAAGAAUCUGUGAUGAAGCGUACUACACUUGUUGCAAAUACAUCAAACAUGCCUGUGGCUGCUCGUGAGGCAUCCAUUUAUACAGGAAUAACUAUAGCAGAAUACUUCCGAGAUAUGGGAUAUAAUGUCAGCAUGAUGGCUGAUUCUACUUCCAGAUGGGCAGAAGCAUUGCGUGAAAUUUCUGGACGGCUGGCUGAAAUGCCUGCUGAUAGUGGGUACCCAGCAUACCUGGCAGCUCGAUUGGCAUCUUUCUAUGAACGUGCUGGUAAAGUGAAAUGUUUAGGUGGUCCAGAUCGUACAGGUAGUGUGACAAUAGUUGGUGCUGUUUCACCUCCUGGAGGAGAUUUCUCAGACCCUGUGACAGCUGCAACGCUUGGAAUUGUUCAGGUCUUUUGGGGUCUUGACAAAAAGCUUGCACAAAGGAAGCACUUCCCAUCUGUAAAUUGGCUUAUUUCUUAUUCUAAAUACACAAAGGCGUUGGAAUCUUUUUAUGAACAAUUUGAUCCAGAUUUUAUCUCCAUCAGGACAAAAGCUCGUGAGGUUCUACAGAGAGAAGAUGAUCUGAAUGAAAUUGUUCAGCUGGUGGGUAAAGAUGCUUUGGCAGAAUCUGACAAGAUCACACUGGAGACAGCUAAACUUCUUAGGGAGGAUUAUCUUGCUCAAAAUGCUUUCACUCCGUAUGAUAAAUUUUGCCCAUUUUACAAAUCAGUCUGGAUGAUGAGGAACAUUAUUCAUUUCAAUGCACUAGCUAAUCAGGCUGUGGAACGUGGAGCCGGAUCGGAUGGCCAGAAGAUAACAUACAGCAUUAUCAAGCAGCGUCUUGGUGAUCUAUUCUACAGAUUAGUGUCCCAAAAGUUUGAAGACCCGGCUGAAGGAGAAGAUGCCUUGGUCAGGAAGUUCAGCCAACUAUACGAGGAUCUCACCACUGGGUUCCGCAACCUGGAAGAUGAAUAUCGUUGAUUUUUGUUUUCCGCUGGCGUGCAUGUCACUUGAGAGAGUUGGAUCUUUUGAUGAGUUUGUAUCUUUAAAUCCUGAUUUUUUUUUCCUUUUCAAGUUUUGUUCGAAACCCUGUGAAAUUAGUAUUCUCAGCUCCUUAGUCCUGCCACUACUAUGCUUUUAUUUAGUAGUAAUAAGAGAUCACCCUAUUCGGAGGAUGAUUAUAUGAUUCCCUCUGAAACGGUCCACACACUUUCUAAUAAUAGUUGUCCUUAUUUUAUGAUCAA